AAGGAACUCUUCCAUUGGUAGUAACCUUUCUGUUCCACGGACUCCCGGCCUCCUUGGAUCCAAGGAAAGGUACAGCCCAGAUGGCAGCUGCUUCAACAUGGGGACGAACGGAGAAGGUCAAGAUGGCAUGGCGGUGAUCUCUGGAGAACUGGACGAAUUGCUGGAUAGCGUCAUGGAGGUGUCCCCACCUUCUUCUGGCCUGCGGAACAAUUUGAGGCCGUUGUCUCCUUUCCGUCGGCAUAGCUGGGGCCCAGGGAAGAAUAGUAACAACAGUGAAGCUGAGGUCAACCACAGGAGUUCAAUGCGAGUGCUGGGGGAAGUCGUAAGGAAAACUCCCUCUCAUAGAAGAAGUUUGAGCUGGUGUCCCUCAGGUGUCCAGUGCAAUGCCAUGGAUGCUGACUUUAAUGGUCGAAGUUACAGCUUGGAAGGUCUUUCUGGAGAGGCUGAUGAUACUACUAAGCCAUCCUCAAGUCUCGAUGUAGCAUCUAUGAACACCAAAGACCUUCGGCAGAGUCCCCUAGCAAAUGAUGAACGAGGAUCACUGGUCUCGCUCACCGAAGAGGAACAGGAAUCAGAGCUAGGUGAAAUGAGAAGCCAGAUUCUCCAAAGACCACAGCCUCGCUCCUUAGGCUUCUCCACAAGUCCCGUUUCUCCUCCAUUAACGAAAUCCAUGUCGUUGAUGACCAUCACCCAAGUGGGGUCAGACAAUAGCAUCCGAUCCUUCAACAGCUCCUUGACUCAAAGCAUCAGCGAGGAGAGUGGCAGUUUCCAGCCCCCCAGCCCCUCAAGAAAAGAUUUGGAAGGCAAAAGUGGAACGAAAGUCAGCCGUACCUUCAGCUACCUCAGGAAUAAAAUGUCCAGCAGUAAGAAGAGCAAAGAGAAAGAUAAAGAUAAAGAGAAACUGAAGGAACGGGAUAAAGACACCAAGGAAAAAGACAAAGAUAACAAGAUACUAAAUGGCCAUCUCUUCAGUGCCAUCUCAACCGUGGGUCCCAUCAGUUGCUACCACUGUCUCAAGCCCUUCAACAAAGAUUCAUUCGUCUGUGCAAAUUGUGGUGCCAUUGUCCAUAAAAGCUGCAAAGAAAGUGUGGCUGCUUGUGCUAAGGUCAAAAUGAAACUCCAGAAAAACCUAAGUGGUCUUCAGCCUCACGAUACUUCUUCAUUGCCCACAGUAAUUAUGAGAAAUAAGAGUUCUCAGCCAAAAGAGCGACCCAGAUCAGCGAUUCUUGCUCUUGAUGAGAACAUAACGACUUCAGUGUUCAAUAGUAGGCGAUCCCAGCAGAACCUGUCCCUUUCAAAAAGUGUUUCCAUUCAGAACAUUGCUGGAGUCGGAAACGAUGAAAGUAUCCUUCAUACGCGGAAAUUUCUUUCCCAAUCAACAGACUCCUUGAAUAAAAUCAGCCGGGUAAAUGAAUCCAUGGAAUCGUUAACAGAUGAAGGAGCAGACAUGAAUGAAGGGCAGCUCAUGGGAGAUUUUGAAACAGACUUGAAACAUAUGGAAGCUCAAUCCUGGAGUCAAGUGGUGGACAGCAAGUUUCUCAAGCAGCAGAAGAAAGACAUUGUGAAGCGACAGGACGUCAUUUAUGAACUGAUGCAGACGGAGAUGCACCAUGUCCGGACCUUGAAGAUUAUGAGUGAUGUCUACAGCAGAGGCAUGGUGCAGGAACUACAGUUUGAGCAGCAGAUGGUGGAGAAAAUCUUUCCUUGCUUGGACAAUUUGCUGAACAUCCACAGCCAGUUCUUUCAGAGAAUUCUGGAGAGGAAGAAAGAAUCCUUGGCUGACCGAAGUGAGAAGAACUUUGUCAUCAAGAGGAUAGGGGACAUCUUAGUGAAUCAAUUUUCUGGGGAGAACGCUGAGCGAAUGAAGAAAACGUACGGGAAGUUCUGUGGGCAUCACAAUGAGGCCGUGAAUUACUUCAAAGACCUUCAUUCCAAGGAUAAAAGAUUUCAGGCCUUCAUCAAAAAAAAGAUGAGCAGCUCCGUGGUGAGGCGCUUGGGCAUUCCUGAAUGCAUCUUGCUAGUAACGCAAAGGAUCACCAAAUACCCAGUGUUGCUACAGAGAAUAUUACAAUAUACCAAAGAAAGCGACGCUGAACAUCAAGACUUGGUGCUUUCGUUAAACCUGGUGAAGGAAGUCCUAACUGCGGUCGACAGCAAAGUAAGCAACUACGAGAAGAAGAUGCGCCUCAACGAGAUCUACACCCGGACGGACAGCAAGUCGAUCAUGAGAAUGAAGAGUGGACAGAUGUUUGCCAGAGAAGAUCUGAGGCGCAGGAAGUUUGUUCGAGAUGGACCCGUAUCUCUCAAAAACUCAGCUGGGAGAUUGAAAGAAGUCCUGGCUGUCCUCCUCUCCGAUGUUCUGAUAUUCCUCCAGGAAAAGGAUCAAAAAUACGUAUUUGCAUCCCUGGAUCAAAGAUCCACCGUGAUCUCAUUGAAGAAGCUGAUUGUCCGUGAAGUUGCCCAUGAGGAGAAGGGCUUGUUCCUGAUCAGCAUGGGAGGAAGAGACCCCGAGAUGGUGGAAGUGCAUGCCAGCUCGAAGGAAGAGCGUAACAGCUGGAUUCAAAUCAUCCAAGACACUAUCAACACGAUGGACAAAGAGGAAGAUGAAGGUAUCCCGAGCGAAUCAGAAGAGGAGAAGAGGGUGCUGGACACCAAGGCCAGGGAACUGAAAGAACAGCUCCAGCAAAAAGACCAGCAGAUAAUCACUCUCUUGGAGGAAAAAGAGAAGAUUUUCAGAGAUAUGACCGAUUUCAGUGGGCAUGAGGAAGGACUGGGGACUGGGGCCAGGAUGCUGUUCCGGGCGAACACAGACGAAGCACCGAAAGGAGAAAGCAUAAUGAAGAAUCUGAUCACUGAAGUUGAGCAGUUGCAGAGUUUGGUGAGCAGAAGCCUGGGAAGUUCUUUUGGGCAGCAGGUGACCAGCCUUGCCUCGGAUCAGGAGAGUGUGGGGCCCAUCUCUCUCCCCAGGAGGGCAGAGACCUUUGGAGGAUUUGACAGCCACCAAAUGAAUGUCUAUAAAGGUGGCGAGAAGGACGAAGGAGAAGAAGUGCAAGAUCUUCGGAGGACGGAGUCUGACAGCGUGUUGAAGAAGGGAGGAACAGCUAACUUGAUGUUUGUGCUGAAGAGAAACAAUGAGGUCCUCCAGAGCAUAACUCAGCUUCACAGCUUGCUGGGCUUACUACAGGCUGUGGUUGUGCAACAAGACACCUACAUCGAAGACCAGAAGCUGCUGCUCACCGAGAAGACCUUGAGCCGCAUCUCCUUCCGGCCCAACUCCUUGAUCGAGCAGGAAAAGCAACGCAGCCUGGAGAAGCAGCGGCAAGAGCUCGCCAAUCUGCAGAAGCAGCAAACUUUGCACCAGGAGGAAAGGAGGAAGAAGGAGAAGGAGUGGGAGGCCAGGGAGAAAGAGCUGACCGAGUGGGAAUCCCAGCUGAGCCAGAGGGAGGAGCAGAUCCAGAAAGGGCAACACAGCCUGGAGAAGGAGCGGGAAGAGCUGCAGCAGAAGAAAGCAGCCUACCAACUCGAUCUGGAACAUCUCCGGACGGCCCAGAAGCAACUGGAGAAAGAAAAGGAGCAAAUAUCUCAACCCCCGUUGGAACCCAAUGUCAAACCGAAUCCCAAUCAACAUGCCAAAAUGAGCAGAACCCCUUCCCUUCUUCCCACAGAGGACUUGUCUUCGAAACAGUUGGGUUCCUCGCUGUCCAAAGGGCCCUUGGAUACAGAACUUUCUGCCUCAUCCAAAAGGAACAGUCUCUCAAGGACGAAUAAAGAAAAGAGCUCUUUUCAUUUGAUCGGCACUACAACCUCAGGCCAAGCCAACAAGCCAACUGAAGGAUCUGGGCAGAUCCCCAACCGCCUCUUUGGCUUAGCCAAGCCGAAGGAGAAGAAGGAGAAGAAGAAGAAGAGCAAAAGGGAUCGUUCUCAGACUUCUGAUGCUCACUCUCCAGAAGGAGCACCAGAAAGCGAGGAGAUCUUUUGCUGAUCCCAUGCCUUGUCUCCAGCCAGGCCCCUUACAGAUCUGCCCUACAGUGAGAGGCCAAAGAAUCGAACAACUCUUCUUUAUUCUAGACAUUGAACUAUGUUGGGCUUUAUCACCUUUCACUCCUACAAUCCACUGUUCCAUUCCCACUUCUGGAUCUUCUUGAAUACAUCACAUCUGAAAACAUGUCAACAAGGGCAAGAUGAAGAGGAGGAGGAGGAGGAGCAAUCACACGGAAGAACUGUGGAUACAGCCAAAUUGGGCAGGCUCAGUUUGGGUUCAACGUGGUGUGAAGAGCUCUGAUUCUCUGUUGCAACGCUAGCUUGUGACUUACCUAGGUGGAUAUUCCUUUCUUUCCUUUCCAUCUUGAACAACAGGGAAUUUGUGAACAAGGUCAACAAAGCUCACCUUCUCUUAGGAAAUCACCACCCAAAAUUUUAAAAAAAAACCUUCUAUAGGGAGAGGGGAAAAAAAAGAUGUGACUCUCUACCCAGUGUCUCUACACUGGUCUAUAUAGAUCUAAUGUAUACCCACUUCUAUACAUACUUAACUAAAUAUAUAGAUAUAUACACACUCACAAAUAAAUGUAGCUCCAUAUCCUUUGGAUAUGCUGAUAUGUCUGUACAGAAAAGCUAAGGGACUUUAGACGUAGCCUAACGGGGUUGAGUGUAACUGUCCAGGGAUUGGGUCCAGGCUACACAGCCUCUCUUGGUUUGAGUUGCAAAGUUGGCCUCCUGCACCAAGAUCAUAGGGACCAUUUUGAAGUGGAAGAGCCCCUUAAAGCAAGAUUUCUGGGGAAUGGUUGAAGCACAUUGCCAAGAGGCAGGGGGAAAAAAAAGAAAUAUAAAAUGUAUUGGAACCAACGCGGGGCCUUACAUUGGAGAGGUGAAAUGCGCCGGAAAUUAGAAAACCCACUCUAGAUGUCAUCUCAGAAGAGUUACAAAGAGAAAACUUAAAUCGCCCCGAAUUUCCAUGGAAUUGUGAGGUGAAUCCUAACUGCCUCUUUACCUAGGAAGCAACACCCAUUGAGUUGGCUAUGCGUUUGAAGAAUCUGAAGAAGAUACAAACUCAAACCAUAUUCUGUGUCCCUGCUUCCCCCGGCUUCUCCUCCCAAACUCCUGUACACGUUUUCUCCCGUAUCGUCUUGCUUGAAACUAUGUUGAAGAGGUGGCAGACUGUCACCAGGGUGAGAGAGUUGUGAUAGAGAAGCACAAUUAUGUUGGUUUGGUAGAAUGUGGAUUGAAGAGACUUCCCCCCCAAUACCCUGGAAUGUAACUUUCCAGAUUGGAUAGAUUUGUUGCUUUAAGAAUUGUAGAGUUCCCACCGCAAUGCUAUCAUUUUUUGGGGUGAGGACAAACCAUCAUUUUUGAGGUGGAGUUGCCAGGAAUUGAAAAAUGUAUGUAAAAACUAUUUGCUGCAAACCUACUCCUCUCAACCGCUCCUUUAAGACUUGCCUUAAUAGAGAAAAAUGGUCUCUUCCUGAUUUAUCCAAGGGCAACCAGAUCUUCAUCAGCACGUAAAUGUAUAUUUGGUUUUCUGCAUAUGUGGAUAGUCUUCCAUCACAGUUUCAGAAAAAUAAGUCCUGUGAAAUUUCAUCUCCUUGGCAUGGAAUGUAGGAAAGUGCUUUCCUUCUGUUUCCCCACCUGCAAAUGGCUAUUAUUGGUCUCUCCUCAUCUGCUAGGCCAAGAGAAGGGAAUGUUUCUCUCUUAAGCUUCCUUUCCACACAAUUUUGUUUAGAAAAGCACAGUAGAUGCUUUGCUCAAGGCAAGGGAGCAGGUGAGAAAAUAGAUCAGUUUCCCUUGAUCAUUCACACCAACAGUAGAUGUUAAUUGUCAGGCCUGCCUUCCUUCCUUCCUUUCCUCCCAAGUCUAACCCUGUAGCAUCGUCUGGCCCAUCAUAGUGCUUAAGGAGUUCUAUCUCGCUCCAGGGUUUAAAUUUAAUCUCCUCUCCCAUUAGUGACAAAACUGCAAGAAAUCCGACGUGGUGAGAAAGGAGAUAUAGGAAGAACCAAUAAGCAGCUCAGUUUGAUGUUUUGAGAUGAGUUAUGGAAGAUCAUUCUUGUGUUGCCAAUCUUUACAAUCCACUAUCACCUUGUCGCCCAGGGAUUAUUCUGAUAGGCUGAGCAAAAUAGCAAGGAAUCUGUUUAGCUUUAAAGCUUGGGGGGGGGGGACACACCCAUUUUUGGCUAUCCUUCAAAAGAAGGUUUUGCACUAUUGUUCCACCCUUGUGUUUUCUCUUUAGAACAUCUCAGGAGCCAUUUUCACACACCACCCAAUUUGCAAAACCAGGAUAAAAAGACAAAAGAAGAAAAACUUUUAAUGAGUGUGCCUUUACAUAUGUAGAUGAUCUCUGGGGAUCGGGCUGAAUCUGAUGUUCUCUAAAGGAAAUUCAUGCUGUCCCAAAAACAAAGCCAGAGGCAGCUAGAGAAUUUUAUUUCUGAUAUUUUUUUUUUAUUUUUAUUACCACGAUUACAUGAUAUUUGUUCUCAGUUGCAAGCUGGGCUUGCGUUGGGAAAAAAUAUAUAUCUUUCUGUUUGUUUGAAAGAAGUCUGGAUUUUUAAAAUGACAAAUGUUUACUUGGAUUGUCUGGGAUUUUUUUUUUUUUUUUUGCUUUAUUUUAAAGCUGGGCUUAUGAAGCCAAAAGAAUGUUUGUUUGUUUGUUUGUGUGUGUGUUGGUGUGUAUUUGUGCUUCUUUUUGUUGUUGUUGUUGUUGUUGUUGUUGUUGUUGUUGCUACUACUACUACUACUUGUGUAAAUAUCUCCUUGAUUACUGAUGUGCUAUUUGAAUAAAACCAGCAUUAAAUGCUAUCAACCACUGCUAGGAAAGAACCUCUUAACGUUUCAGCAUCUCUUAGCCAAAACAAACUUAAGAUGCUAAGAUUGGUGGCUAGCUCUCUGCAGAAAAUUGAAAAUGGGUUGAAACUGGAUUUGGCUCACACAGUGUGAAUGCUUAUACCAGGAGUGGGCUUCAAAUACUUUAGCAAGGGGUUCUCUCCCCGGUUGCUGGGUGGGCUUGGCCAUGGUGGGUGUGGCCUACUUAGCCUCCUGCACCACGGUGGUGGUGGUGGUGGGGCGUUUUCACCUUCCCCAGGCUCUGGAGAUUUUUCUCACGCCUCCGGGAGGACGAAAAUGGCCUCCCCAGGCUGCAGAGGCCCCCUGGAGGCCGGAAAUGGGCCCAUUUCCGAAACUUCCCGUAGGCCAGUUUUUCGCCCGCCCUGAGCCUCCACGUGCGCCUGCAUCCAAAAUCGGCUGUGUGGGGACUCCUGGGAGUGGUGGGGCGGGGCCAGCCAAGAAUGGGAUUUGGGGGUUCUCCGAACUUCACAGAAUCUUAGCUAGAGGUUCACCCAAACCCCUGUCUUAUUCCACUGUCACGGGUUCUAAAGGGGAAUGGCAGGUUUUGAAAAAAAGAAACCCACUUCAUAACUGCCAAGGAACAGCUCUGCUGCGCCAAACACUCUUGAGUUGACUACUUCUUCCUGCAAUGGAAUUCAAUCUUAAGUUUUGAAGAGAGUUUAAUUUACUUUUAAUCUUGUAUUCUUCCUCUCUGCAAGUGCAGAGAGAGAGAGAGAUAGUAAGAUGGGGAAAGAGCCAAAAGCGAUACCAGUUGAUGCAGAAAGCUCUUAGCCAAAAGUCUCUGCUGCCAUUCUUCCUUUUCGUUACAGCGAGGCCACAUAUAACCCAAUGGAGAUGGAUUUAUGUAUUUCGAAGAAAUCUCUGGGUAUUAUGAGUUCUUUAUAUCUUGUUCAUUUCCUGUUCGGCUAGAUUAUUGGUUGGUUACUGCGAUGAGUUCUUUUUGGCAAGGAUUGUGUGCAUUAGCAUCACAAAUUAUACGACAAUUCAUUUCCUCUCACUUGAGUUCCUCCCACUUCUUCCCAUAGGCUUUUGAGAAGGUACCAGUUGCGUGUUUCCGAUUGAAAUAUAUCUUGAAAAGAAAAGGAAAAACCUUUAAAAAUAAAAAAUGUACAUCCAUAGAGAGUCGAAAGGAAAAAAAAUGUUAUAUAUUCAUUUGUAAUUAUGUAAAAAAAAAUAUGUUAGGUUUACGAUUGUAAAUUUUUAAUUUCCCACGCUGUAAUUUGCAAAAAUGGAAACAAAACAAAACAAAACAGAUUUUCAUAAUCUUUUAUUUAUCUACCUUUCUUGCUACAAAAAACAACUCUUGUAAAGAUAAAUUUCCCUACCCCUUUAAAAUAAAUGUUGAUUCUAAGUCA